AUGAUGACCGUAUUCCCGAUCGGACUCCCGAGGUUCCAUUCUCAACUUCAGUUCACCUUUGCAUCUGUCACUUGCUGUGCUUGUGUCUAUCUAGCGCUGAGCAUCGCGGUCACCACACCUCCCACCUCCUCCACUCCACUCCUUCAAGCAAAAGCACAUUCUGCAAAAUGGCCUCCAUCGCGCGCCAGUCUUCUCCCCUCCUCCGGUCGGCGUUCCGCGCUCCCUUCGCGACUAAGAAUGUCGCGCAGGUCGUGGCUUUUCAUGCUUCCGCUAAGAAGCAGAUCUUGCCUCCUUUGCCUCCUCGACGCAGUGAACGACCCCGCUCCCAUCCCCAAGUCUCACCCUACCGAGGGUAGCUACCACUGGACUUUUGAGAGAAUCGUCUCUGCCGGUCUCGUCCCUCUCUGCAUCGCUCCCUUCGCUGCUGGCUCCAUGAGCCCCGUCAUGGACGCCGUCAUCUGCUCCGCUAUCGUCGUUCACUCGCACAUUGGUUUCCACGCCUCCAUCACCGACUACUUCCCUACUCGCCGUGUCCCCAAGACCCACACCUUCAUGAUCUGGCUGCUCCGCGCGUUCACCCUCAGCACGGCUGUCGGUCUGUACGAGUUCGAGACGAACGACGUCGGUGUCACGGAGGCUCUCCGCCGGGUGUGGAACGCAUAG